GAACUUCUCCAGCUCCAACCAGCGGAUCUGUGGACUCUUCGCAUAACAUUUGCGGCUCCGUUGCUAUCGUGGUGAAUCUGGACAAGGAUCUCUCAUCGACUUGUCCACUCCACCCAUCGACCUCGGGACUCUCCACACUUUGGUCUCUGUCGACCAGCCAGAUGCGUCACCAGAAGGCCUCACGUUGGCUUGCAAGUCAUACUUGCAGUCUACACAACGAGGAACUUCCAUUGGUUCUUCGCACAUCAGGACUUUACGCCCUGGAACAAGUUUCUGCUUCGCAGCCCAGGCAUGCCGACCAUCAUCGCAUGACAACAACAGACAAGUCGAGGCUUGCUGAAGCGAACAAAAUCGUGGAGUCCACACGAUCACAUCGAGGCCUCCAGUCUCGAAAGUUUUCACUGGUGACAACACUGAUCCAAAGUAUGCCAAAUAGCUGCCGCGCUUUUCGCACGGCAAGUUCUUUGGAACGAACAGCUCACAACAAUACAACCAACGUGAUACCGAAAUGUCGAGCCAGUACUCGCAGGAACUGCACAAGGCAGAUUGCGAGAAAGCCAUUCCGAAUGCUUGUGUCGGACUCUCACAGCUUUCACGUCACCGAUAGUCAUUCUAGGCAGAAGAGAAUGGUGUUUCCCCAGUGCGGAGAACAUUCACCACAUCCCCUGCACGAAGCAGGAAGAAUGGGCCAGAGCAUCAACGAUGAGACUUGCUCCUGAAGCUGCGAAGCAGCAAGGUUAAACGCACAUCACGAUGCCAAC